AGUAGACUAUAGUAGUGUAACAUUUUCUGCGAAAGACUAAACGAAAUUAAACUUAUUCCCAAAUUUACAUUUAAAUUCUAAAUGUCAAGUGACCUUAAAAGACAGCGACGGGCGAGUGAAUCGGGAGAUGAUGACCAACUAGAAAAGAGACCGAAAAUAGCAGAUGCAUCCUUGUCAACAUCGUCUGAUUUAGCACAAGCAAUAAACUUGGAAUUGUCACACGCAGUAACAUUUAAAAGAACCAGAUCGACAUCUAACGAACCAGUUGAAAGAAAUGUGAGGGCACGGCUGACCGUCGAUUUAUCAAGUUCCAAUCCUGAGCACACAUCAUUUUUGAUGGGAGCCAUCGCAAAUGAAUUGGAAAAUAUAAGCCAAAUGCUGUCGUCGCCGGAUGCAUCGAGAAGCAGAGUCGCAAGUCCAUCAUCAUCGCCAUCACGAUCACAUUCUCAACCCUCAUCCACUUCAUCCUCACCUGAUUAUUAUGAUAGACUAGUAGCGGACGGCUACGAAUUAAUGGACCGUAUGCGUCAGGAUCCUGGCUUUGCGAAAUAUUUCUAGUUCAAAUUCCGAUUUUGAUCCUAAUAAAAUUUACUGUAGAUCCAAACGAUCCAAA